AUGGGAGGAUUCAACAUUAAGCUACAUGUUGUUUCUAAACAAAAAGAGUAUGACGAGCCUCCACGGUGCAAGGCAGGACAGGAUAUUGUGCUGCAGUCACCUGUCGACUGGGUGCUUUUGGAUGGCCGAGAAAGUUCAGAUGACCGUGGAAUUGUGCAGUACGAGUGGGCGCUGCUGCAAGGUGACUCAUCGGUUGAAAUGAAGGUACCACAGCCAGGAACACUGAAAUUGUCUCACGUUCAGGAAGGCGGGUAUAUUUUCCAGCUGACAGUGACAGACACUGCAGGUCAGCAGAGCUCUGACAACAUCUCUGUGACCGUUCUGCCCAUGGUUCAUUCUGCAGCAGCCUGUGUCGGGGUUUGCUCGCGCUACCAGUUUAUCUGUGAUGAUGGCUGCUGCAUUGACAUCACGUUCGCUUGUGAUGGUGUGAGACAGUGCCCUGAUGGAUCGGAUGAAACUUUCUGCCAGAACUUCAGCCCAGGUCGGAAGACGGUGACACAUGCAGCUCUUGGCACUACCCAGCAAAGGACUGUAGGACUGACUGAAAACACAGAGGAGAACUUCUCUGCAGAAAACACCCUGAAAGCCACUGCCAGAAGUCAACCGCUUCUCUCAAUGGAUGCAGACAUGUCUAACCAAUCGCUUUCUCAGGGACCAAAGAAACAAAUCAGCGGAUUUGUGCCAGACAACAGUUCCUCAGGGAAAAGAACUGGUGAUAAAAAUGAGAACGGCAUAAUUGUGCCAAAGAGAGAUCAGCUUGGAGGUGGUCGCCCAGUCCCAGAAACAGGUGCUGUGCUACCCUUAGCCUUAGGCUUGGCUAUCACUGCUUUACUGCUGCUUAUGGUUGCUUGCAGACUGCGUUUAGUGAGACAGAAGCUUAAAAAAGCUCGACCCAUUACAUCUGAAGAGUCCGAUUACCUCAUCAAUGGGAUGUACCUCUAAACAUUGAAUUUAGGUCAGUUGUUUUCUCCCCUUUCUCCUGUGUCCAUGAACCUCCGCCUCUAUAAAAGGACCAAAACCUUUAGUAAAGUUUCAAGUGUAGAAGAAGCCUACAAGAUGAGGAACAUGUUCUUCCCCUUCACUGAUGAAAUAAAAAAGUGGGUAGAUGCCCGUGCUCAG